CUUCAAUUCUCAAUAAGCAGAAGAAAAAUCCUUCUCAUCAUCAUUAUCCUUUCUCUCUCUUUCUCAUCGUAAAUCCUUACCACUUAUCAACAGAAUCAUCAUCAUCAUCAUCAUCAUUUAAAACUUAUUUACAUCUUUUUCUCCUCUUCACAAAACCACAAUCCUGAAAAAAAGACGAAGAAAUUUUCUUUCACUUUUUUCCUUUUACACUUAUUAUGAGAGGUAGAAAAAAAAGAUUAGGAUAAAAUAGAUGUAAACAAUUUUCUCAUCCCAAUCCUAUUACCAUAAGAUUAACUGAGAGAUAACAAAGAAAAUAACAAUCGUUGAGGAAAACCACCUUAAUAUUGUUCUAACUUGUAAGUUACCCCAAGAAAAGAGAUCAACCCAAUCGUGAAUUUUAAAUUUUCCGCUUUUCGUUUUCAAUGAUCGUUUCUUGUUACCUAAUAACUUCAUAUGAACAGUGAGACAAAAACUUGAACACCUUAACAUGAACUUCAAGGUCCAACCUAAAAAAGCCCUCGAGAUGUAAACUCACUAUUCUAUCUUGUUUUUCUCUUCUCUUCUCUUAUCAUCAUCCAUCGUCAUCAUCAUCAUCUUCUCUCUCUCUCUCUCUCUCUCUCUCUUAUAAUCAUCCCUAGUCUUCAAUCUUACUUCAUUUCUUAUGUAUCUCAUGUGCUCUUGAUUCUAUUUCUCUUUGUUUGAUUUCUUCAUUUCGCUUUUUACUUUUCUCAUUUUCCAUCCAAAACAAAAAUUAAACGUAUUCAACUUUUCAUGACUGUCUUUGUGUUUAGAUUCAAUAUAAUCAACUAAUUGUCAACAAUCAAAUCUCUUCAUUUGUUUGCUCCAAAUUUUCAUCAAUUGGUUUCAUUUUGUCUGUGUGUUUGUGUCUUUUCUGGUAUCAACUCAACCCUUUUACAAUCUCCAUGUUAUUUGAUUACUACAUUCAUAGUAAACUGAUUGAUUAAUUGUCCAAUUGAUUAAAAUUAAUCAAUAUAUAUAUAUUAUAUAAUAUCUACACCUUUAUUUUUUAUCUAUAAAAUCAAAUAUCAAUAUGAUAUUUGAUUGUUACAACGGUGCUUAAGCUGUCGAGUUUUCUUGAUCAAUUUACUCUGUGUGAAUCUGUUGUGUGAUUAAUUAAUUGUGAUAAUUAUUAUUAGAUUUCUUCCCGUUCUAUUUUCUUCAUCGAUUGUUACAAGUAUUUUUCCCUUAUUGCGGUGCUAAUAAUCAAAUAAGUUGAUAAUAAUAUCAAUGGCUUACGAUUCAAAAUCAUCGAUUGGUCGGUCAUCUGAGGUGAAAUCAAGCGAUUAUGGUUUGACCAAUUCACCUUUGCCCCAUCGAUCUGCCUUAAGAUAUGCUAAUCGAGCAAACACUUUACCAAGAUCCAAUCGGAUUCUAGCCGGUACAUUAAGUAGUCCAUUAACUCAAUCAUCAUCAUCGUCCAGUAAUAAUAAUAAUAAUAAUAAACCAUCAUUGUCCAGUAAUGAUCAACAACGACCUCCAAGUUCAACCGGAUCUACAAGUGUAGCAUCAUCUUCACCCUGUUCAAUAAUAUCUGAUAAUGAAAUUGCCGAGACUCGAUCCCAUGGGUCAAGUCCACUUCCCUCCAAUUUGGUCAAUAUUAAUAAUAAUAAUAUUGAUUCUAAAAAUCUUUCCCCAGUGACAGUGUCCAUUUCACCAGCACCCAAAUCUCCUGUGAUGCCUUUUCGUGUCUCAUCUUUACAUAAAGGAUUAGCUAAAUUAAGUCUUCGACGUCGCCAUGCAUCAGGCCCAAUAACACCAACCGAUGGUCAAAAUUCAUCCAUUGGUCAUCAUCAUUCUCUAUCUUCUUCAUCUUCCCGUUAUCUAUCAACAACACCACCUCUUUCACGUUCAUCCACUCGAGAUAAUUCACCAGUUAAUUGCUCUUUACUCCAACGAAAUCUCAUCUCAUUAUCAAAUAUUGCUAAUAAGAAAGGUGCACUUUUCAGGCGUCAUUCCACUGAGCCUGAACGCCGACGUCGUGGUAGCGUUGGUGCUCAACGAUCACUUGAUGGUUCCCUUGAUCUAUCUCAUCACAAUCACCUUUACCUUUUCAGAGAUACCCGUGAUUCCAGGAGCGGAAGUAUCUACGGGAGUAAUGAACCGAUCUGUGAUAGACUUGACUUCGAAGAGCUCGAAGGCGAUGAAAGCCAGACUUACGUCAAAUUUUUUAAAUUUUACCGUUGCUACGAUUUGAUUCCAAUCAGUGCCAAAUUAGUUGUCUUUGACACCCAAUUAUUGGUAAAAAAAGCAUUCUUUGCCCUGGUCAGCAAUGGAGUUCGAGCAGCUCCCUUAUGGGAUAGUGCCAAACAUCAAUUCGUCGGGAUGUUAACCAUAACCGAUUUUAUAAAUAUUCUACGAACUUAUUAUAAAUCACCAUUGGUGAAAAUGGAUGAACUUGAAGAACAAAAAUUGGAAACAUGGAGAAGCGUCUUAAAGGAAAAUGCACCAUCUCUUGUCAGUAUUAAGCCUGAUGCAAGUCUUUUCGAUUGUAUUAAAGCCUUAAUCCACAACAAAGUCCAUCGGUUACCAGUUAUCGACCAAGACACUGGAAAUGUCCUUUACAUCGCAACCCAUAAACGAAUUCUUAGAUUUCUUUUUCUCUAUUAUUAUGAUAUACCACAGCCUAGUUACCUUCAGAAGUCACUUCAUGAACUCAGAAUUGGAACUUACGAAAACAUUGCCGUAACAACCAUGAAUACUCCCUUAAUUACGGUUCUCCAUCAAUUUAUUGAUAGACGGGUCUCAGCACUGCCGAUUGUUGAUGAGAAAGGAAGAGUUAUCGAUAUUUAUGCUAAAUUUGAUGUUUUCAAUCUCGCUGCCGAGAAAACUUAUAAUAACCUUGAUAUUCCUGUGAAAAAAGCCUUGGAGCAUCGAGCUCAUUACUUUGAAGGAGUCGUUAAAUGUACACUCAAUGAAACUUUUCAUGCUAUUCUGGAAAAAAUUGUCAAAGCCGAGGUUCAUAGGAUUGUGGUUGUUGAUGAUAAAGAUAUUGUCAUUGGUAUGAUUUCGUUAUCCGAUAUCUUGAAAUAUUUGGCUCUUCGUCCAAUCUAUCAAGAACCCACCAUGGGAUUUGGUGAUAUCGAUGAACUUAAUGAACUGAAUGAGUUGACUGAAACUAAAGAUUAAUUAAUUGUAAUCAAUUACAACCUCUCCCUCUUUCACACAAACUCUCAAUAUAAACAACAAACUAAGUCUCUCAAAUUGUAAAUCAUUUGUAAUGAUAAACAAAAAUCUAACUCUUCUCAUUGUUUACUAAUUACUAUUGUUUCCCUUAUCUAUUUAAUAUUAUUAUUAUUGUUUCAUUAUCAAUCUAUUGAGAUUGUUGAUUCACACUCACAAUCAAUAUUAUUAUUACAAAAAAAAAGUAUACCCGAUUCAGUACCAAUUGAUUGGGUUGAAAUGAUUAAUCAAAAAAAAAACAUUCAGAGUGAAUUUAAUAAUAUUAACGAUAAGAAAUAGCAAUCUUAGCAAUUAAUUAAUUUUGUUUACCUAAUCAUGAAAACAAAAAGACGUUGGUUAACUUUUGUACUUCCAAUGCUUUUAAUGAUAAUUAUAUUAUUAAUUAUGAAAUGUAAUUUCGAAUUAAAAAGAAAAAGAAAACAUUUUCAAACUAA